AUGAAUGUGACAGUACCUCAUCGGACGGGAUCUGCACCACGCCGGACGACGGCUCGAUUUGUGAAGAGUCCGCAAAGUCCACGCAGCGGUCGGGCAUCCCGAACUUCUCUGACGCUGCCUAGUAUCUCCGCAGCCCCACGACACAGUCUAGUUUCAGCCGUGCCGAAUAAAGCCCUCUCUCGACAAAAACGACGACAGCGUGAUGCGGAAAUUGUGCUGGAAGAGGGUGUACAUCAUAUGAGUGGUGUGAAUGCGCAGGAGACAUUAGAAUCAUUAGUGAAAGUUGUACAACUUCGUCGUCAUGGUUCUGUUACACCACGAAAAGGGAAACCAUUAUGGGAACGUGUUCAAGCUAUUGUUGUAAUGGCUAAUCAAGAGGGUCUUCGUCGACUACAUAUGGCAACUCCACCGGAGGAAGUUCGUUUUUUCUUUGAUAACGCCCUCGCUUUAUUAGAACCACCUCCUAAACCAUCUGUAGAAGGAGUUGUAGAUGAAUUCGCCACCCAACCUGCACUUCGAAAGUAUUUAACAGGAGCAACUUUAAAUAACAAGGCAUUUUUGCAGCAUAUGGCAGGUGAUCCUCCUCAAGUUGUUAUUGAAACCCUUUUACGUGCUUUAAAAGUACAAGGAGGUGUGUUUACAACCUUAACAUUAUAUAAUUUGGCUGUUAUGAUGGUAUCUACUCGUUGCUUUGAUAAAGCCAGUGAAUUUAUUGCGUGUUGUAGUAAAAUGAUAGAGGAAUGUGUAAAAUUGGCCAUGCCGGAAUCUCAUGGAGGGAAACCAAUCUACUCUUUAUUUCUCACUAAUGUUGCCAAACAUGCUAUUAUGUGUCAUCACCUUGUGGCUGCUGUUGCUUCUUGGAGUAGAUUACGGGAUGUGGAAGUCUAUCACUCUCAACUUGCCCUUUGCUGUGCGGAACGGUUUCUCGGUUCUCAACACCCACUCACACUACGCUGUUCUAGACGACUGACCGCCGCAUUGGAUGAUAGCGGGGCAGUGUUAAUUGAUGAAAGUACACCACCACGAGUACCAAUGUUAACAGACGAUCUCACGCUUACAGAGGAUUCCUUAACAAGUGUACUUUUACAAGUCGCAGAUACAGUAAAACUUCCUCAAGGCUUUGUCCGCCGUAUGACGACUACAAAAGGUGAUAAAAAACGUAAAAGCAGUAGUAAAGGUAGGAAGAAAUCAUCAUUACGUGGAAGUCAACAAUUACCCAAUAUUAGAGAAAGACGUCAUCUUACUCGUAAAACACCAUCACCACAUCCACCGCUAUCAUCAUCAUCACGUCCACGUAUUUAUUCACCAGGGAGCCGUCGUGGAUUGAGAGGGACUAUGGUACCCAAACCACCACCUGUCUCUAUGGCUGCCAUGAUGGAAUCCUUUAGGAAGGAACGUUCUGUAUCACCGACGAAGAGUGAGGGAGUUUAUUCCUUAAGUUCAGGGGAAAGUGAUGAAACACCUUCAGUGCUUACAUUUGUACCUAAACCAGCUUACUAUUGUUAUAAACAUAUUCGAAAAGAGAUGCGGCAAUUAAUGACAGGUCUAGGAGAAGAGAUGAGUCGUAUAGCUGGUAGUACUGUUACUCCUCCUGAGUUACAUAGAUCACAAUCCUUAUCAUUAUUUGAGGCUGCCUUUGGUGAAAGUAGAACAGUUACACCAGAUCCUAAAGAAUAUAUGGUUAUUAUGGAUAAAAAAUUACGUCGACUUUCUAGACUUAUACCAGAUAAACAUUUUGAUGACCUUAUUAAAGGUAUACUUUUAGUACAAAGUCAUUGGCGAGGGAUUGUAGACCGCCGUAAACACCAACAAAUUGUGUUAAGGUUAAAAGAAGACAUGAUUCGUCGAGAAGCUGCAGAGAGAAUUCAAUAUGCAUAUCGUACACAUCUUGCUGUACGUGAUGCUAUUGAAGAAAAGAAAAAACUUCGAGCUCAUCGUAUUAUUGUUAAUAGGGUUAUACUUAUUCAACGAUAUCUAUACGAAAAACAAAGUGUAGAAGAAUGGGGUUUACGUUGUGCAGAAGCAUAUCGACGAAGAAUUGCUGAAAACUUAGAAAAAAGAAGACGAAAUGCUGCUGCUAUCCGUAUACAAUCAUGUUGGAGAAUGUGUAGUCAACGAAUUAAAAUUCAUCGUAUCCUGAAUGCCGUUAUUCGUAUUCAAUCCUUAUGGAGAGGAUAUAAAGGACGAAUGUAUGCACGGGAACAACGUGUUUAUCGUCGUUUAAAAGAACAGGAACGUACAGCUGAACUCACAAUACAUGCAAAACCUGUUCAAAUUAGGUGGAGAAAAAUAUUAGCUGUACGUGCAGGAAGAGCUAUAGUGGCAGAACGACAACGAAAGAUAUUAUUGUAUUUAGAAGAACAAGAGGCAGCCUUCCAGAAAGACUGGGAACGCAUUAAACAACAUCCAAAUGUAGAGUUAUGUAUGAUAAAAGUUUUAUCGGUACUUCGUGGUUUCCGUUGUCGUUUGGAGUGUGCUCAUCAAUAUAAACAAAUGAACAUCCUUCGUCGAUUUUUCCUAAAGUUGGUAUUAAAAAAUCGUGGUAAACAUCAACUUUCACUUUUACGUGAAGAACGAAUGCAAGAACGGGCAUUACGCCGUAGACGUGAAGAAGUAACAGAUGCUGCUAUUCGUAUUCAAUGCUGUGUACGCCGUUGGCUUUCUUAUAAACAAAGACGAGAGUUGUGGGGACAAUGGCAGUGGUUACAUCACCAGGCCUAUGUUAUUCAACGGGCCUAUAGACGUUAUCUUGGUAGACGAUUGUUGAUGGAAAUGCGCAUGGAGGCAAAACUAAAGGAGGAGGAACGAUUGAUUGCACAACUGCUGCGAUAUGCGGCUUCCAAGAUUCAAGCCACUUGGCGAAUGUAUAAUGAACGUCAAUCACAAAAAGAUUAUUUACAAUUUAUGCGAAAAGAUCGACACCUCUUCGCUAUACGCAUUCAAAAGGCUUGGUUAGCAUAUAAGGCACGAUGUGAGGUACACUGGCGAGAGAGGAAUCGCAUUGAAAGAGAACGAUUUGAACAGCGACGACAUCAAAUGAUGAUGGCUGCUGUUCACAUUCAAUCUGCUGCACGUAUGUUUCUCACACGGCGUAUGUUAUUAGAACAGGGAAUGGUGUUAAAACCCACACCUGCUAAAUUACACCGCAGUGCACGAUCUAUACAAUGCGCCUGGCGCCGUUUUGCGGCUUACGAAUAUGUACAGCAACUCCGCUUCUCACGGGCUUAUUAUGAUCAGCAGAAGGUGAAUGUGGAGUCUCUUAACACAUAUGCCACGAUGAUACAGGCACUGAUCCGUGCAAAAAUAUUAAAUCCACCUCUAGUGGAGAUGCGACAACGUGAGAUUGAGUCUGAAACUGAAGAAGAGCGAAAGAAACGUGGAAAGAAACUUGAAGAUAUGUAUAAUGCUAUUUUGGCCCAAAAGGCCUUACGACUCGCACGUGGGCUUCGGCAAUCACCAGACGUCCCAGCACGUUUGGAAAAUGAAGAUAGUGUACGAGCUGCUGCUGCCAUUACUACAUCUACUACUGCUUCUUCUUCUAUUGUUAAUGAUGCUGAUGAUUCCAGUGAAACAGGAAUGAAAGGUGUGGAUAUAGAGGAAGUGACUGAAUUACUUCAGCGCUGUGGACGUGGAUUAAUAACCCGUCGUGCUUUAUUUAUUGAAUUAUGUGAUCAACGUCUUGCAGAACUGGAAAUGGAGGAAUCUAGUAGUAGAGUGGAUAUACUACAUGCAUUCCAAGAAUCUAUUGCUCUAUUAGAAGAAGAAAUACCAAAGUUUACCCCUAAAGAAAGUAAAGAAAAUACAGUAGAUACUACUUCUAUAGCUAUGGAUGCUGAUGAUGAUAAUAUCAGUAGAGAAGGAAUGAAAGAUGUGGAUAUGGAAGGAUUGGCUCAAUUACUACAACGUUGUGGAAGAGGUGCAAUAACCCGUCGUGCUCUUUUUAUGGAUCUAUGCGAUAAACGUUUUGCUGAACUGAGUAUGGAGGAGGCUACUAGUAGAGUAAAAAUAUUAUAUGCAUUCCAAGAAUCCUAUACAGUGUUGGAAAAUAGUGUACCUGUGUUCAUUCCAUUAUCUCCUGAUGAUGCCCAAGGUAAUGCCCUGAGUACUAGUUCUAUUGUUACUCCACCUGCUGAAGAGGAUAAUGAUAAUGAUAAUGAUGAUAUCAGCAAUAGUGCAGAAAUGAAAGAAGGGGAUAUGGAGACAGUGGUUCCAUUACUACAACGUUGUGGACGGGGAGCCAUAACCCGUCGUGAUUUAUUUAAACAACUGCGUGAGUCUCUUCGGUGGAGGGCGGCUGUGGAUAUUCAGCGUAUAUGGCGUGGCUUCUGUGCGCGGCAGCUUAUUGAGGUUUACUAUGAGUUCUGCGAGAAGGAGAUUGUGACGGAGGUUUUGCGUAUUCCAUGUGAAGAAGAGGAAGAGGAAGAAGAGCAAAGUUAA